CCGUUAACUACCACUUCCCUCCGUCGUCAAAUGGUUGAUAUCACCUUUAAAAAGACGAGGAAGAGCUUUGAAAUCAUGGAUGCGGCUUCUAGAACCACCGUAAAGGCAUCGUCCCUGAGAUGGCAAAUUCUUCGCCAAGCCCUCCUCCGUCACCCUCCUCCAUUAAUCACCGAGAAGGAAGAAGAAGAAGAUCGAUCUGAAACUCACAUUAAGCGCAUUUCAAGGAAGGCCUCGCCUGGCUUUAACUUGAUUCCCCAUCACGUGGUGGAGGAGGACUACGACGGCGCUUCUGCUUCGGGUUCUUUAAAGAGCUCCGGUCACGCCAGAGAGGCUCGCGUAUGCUACACGUUACCUGUCGACGGAGCUCCCAGACUUUUUCUCACGCAGAGAGUGGAUGAAUAUGCUGACCUCAGUGAUUUUGAGAUUUGCAAUAAAUACAAUGUUGACAACACUGGGCUUGUAUGUCAUUGGCCUUCAGAGGAUAUCCUUGCUUAUUUUUGCUUGUCACACGCAGACAUGUUCAGCUAUAAAAGAGUUAUUGAGCUUGGAUCAGGUUAUGGCUUAGCUGGUUUAGUUAUUGCAGCCAUUAGUGAGGCGUCAGAAGUUGUUAUAACCGAUGGAAAUCCUCAGGUAGUUGAUUAUAUUCAGCGUAACAUAGAUGCCAAUUCUGGAGCAUUUGGUGCUACGAGAACGAACUCGAUGACAUUGCAUUGGGAUCAAGAAGAAAUAUCAGAUAUAUCCAAUGCUUUUGAUGUCAUUAUUGCAAGUGACUGCACCUUUUUUAAGGAAUUCCACAAUGGCCUUGCUCGGAUCAUCAAGCUUUUGCUGAAGAAAGCAGGGGCCUCUGAAGCUUUAUUUUUUAGUCCUAAAAGAGGCAAUUCAUUGGAAAAGUUUCUUGAGACAAUUAAACAAAAUGGCCUUUGUUUCAGCGUAACAGAGAUAUAUGACACACAAAUUUGGGAGCGUCAUCAGGCAUUCAUGGAAGGGAAAGAUUCCUGGCCGAGCUACGAAAAAGAUCACUGCUAUCCAUUGAUGGUCAGAAUUACCAUAUGAACUUCUGAAGGGUAUUUGAAUACAUUCUAGUGUGCAAGUUUUGGCGAACUUUUGCCAUUCUUGGUUGAUUGUUGUGGUAAAGCUUGGUUUCUUCUUUGUACAGAUCCCUGCCAAAUACUCCAUUGUUAGCUACUACAUGUUCUAUAGGUUCUCAUUGAUUUUUUGAUUGCCAAUUAGAAAGGAAAGCAUAGA